UCCGUGAAAAAGCGAUGGCGUAAAUUGUGGGGUAGCAAUUUUUCUGUGAAUGUUGUUUGGGUGAUUUGUUCUGCUUGUAUUUCUGUAUGGAGAAGAAUUAGCAUAAACAUUGUGUGACUCGAAUCAGUGAAUCCGUUUCUUUUAGAUGAAAUGGUAUUUAAGUAGACAUACCUGUUUAGUAAAUAAGCGAAUAAGAUAUUGAAAGCGGAAGUAGUGAAGAAAAUCCCCCGGAUUGCAAAUUGCUGAUCAACCAGGUUUGUUGAUUUCCGGGGAAAAGGGCCAGUGAUGGACGACAAGAAAGAAGCAGCGUGUGAUAGAAUGCUGCUGGAACCAUACAGGUAUCUCCUUCAGCUGCCAGGGAAACAAGUGAGGAAGAGACUGUCGCAAGCAUUUAAUCACUGGCUCAACGUCCCAGAAGACAAACUGCAGGUGAUCAUCGAGGUAACAGAGAUGCUCCAUAAUGCGAGCCUGCUGAUCGACGACAUCGAGGACAGCUCCAAGCUGAGACGUGGCUUCCCCGUAGCCCACAGCAUCUACGGAGUGGCCUCGGUCAUCAACUCUGCCAACUACGUAUACUUCCUGGGCCUGGAGAAGGUACUGACCCUGCAGCACCCGGAGGCCGUGCACGUCUUCACCCGGCAGCUGCUGGAGCUGCACCGCGGCCAGGGCCUGGACAUCCACUGGAGGGACACCUACACUUGCCCCAGUGAGCAGGAGUACCGCAGCAUGGUGCUGAAGAAGACGGGCGGCCUCUUCGGCCUGGCCGUGGGCCUCAUGCAGCUCUUCUCCAAUUGCAAGCGGGACCUGAAGCCGCUGCUUGACAUUCUAGGCCUCUUCUUCCAGAUCCGCGACGACUACGCCAACCUGAAGUCCAAGGAGUACAGCGAGAACAAAAGCUUCUGCGAGGACCUCACCGAGGGCAAGUUCUCCUUCCCCACUAUCCACGCCAUCUGGUCGCAGCCGGACAGCACGCAGGUGCAGAACAUCCUGCGUCAACGCACGGAGAACGUGGACGUCAAGCGCUACUGCGUGGACUACCUGGAGAAGGUGGGGUCCUUCGCCUACACCCGGCAGACGCUCAAGGAGCUGGAGGACGAGGCCUACAGGCUCAUCAAGGAAAUGGGGGGUAACCCCGAGCUGGAGAGCCUGGUGGAGCAGCUCAGCCUAUUAUACAAGGAUUGAGCGGCGAGGGGAGGCCCAAUCUCCCAGCCCUCACAAAACACCGCCUCACCCUGCCGAUUCCUGAACCCUGCAAUGGUCCCUCUGCUCAAAUGCUUCCCAGAAUAUUGUGUCAGGGAACAUCGUCAUCCAGCUAUUUUCUACCAUUUAAGGUGUUAAAGGACGUACACAAUAAAGCCUUACUUUUUUAUGAAAAUAAAAUAUUUAGCUAUUUUAGUUGUGCUGUGUUGUUAUUGAGAUGCAUUGUUUUGUAUUGGGUUUCAUAGGUUAAAUAGAUACAAACUGCUCUGACAGAUACAGUAAAGUCAACCUUACUACUUUUAUACUGGCCUGCAGGAGAUAAAAUUAUCUAAAAACAAGCACACAACUGUAUGUAAUUGUGUUUUUGGACCUACAGUGUGUAAUGGAAGGGCAUUAAGUUUGCUUGUUCUUACAUGGUUGUAGAAUUAAUUAUAUCAUUAUGUGAACUUGCCUCAGGCUUUCUUGUCAUCAUUAUUACUGUAUUAUUAAAAUCGAGCGUUAUAUUUUA